UCCAGAGACCUCAUGGCUUUAACUUACUAUGCAAAUAAAUGCUGCUGUUGAUAGAGAAGUUUGUAAAUAUAUCAAGUCCGAAUAGUUUCCUGUGCAUUUACCAAAAAAGUCUAAACAUCCUCGUCUAACAUUUUCGUCAUUCGCAUCCCCCCUGGAGAAAUAUGAAACCACAUUUGUCAAGUCUCACGAUCUGAUUCUGGUCACAUGGUUCGCGCCCAUGAGACCGGAGCUACAACGAACGCUGGAAGAGUUUGGGAGGAGAGGCAGGGAACAACGCAUAGGAGAGGAGAAUUCAUAAUGAUUAUAUUUCAGCCAUAGAAGUGUAAGAAGAGGUCAAUGGACAGCGAAAUGGACUAAAAUGCGUUUUGAAAUCAUGAACGCUGGCAAGAUUCAAUUAUGCGCCUCACUUUGUAUGUGGCUUGGAAUAGUUACCUGGACAGGAAAUGUCAAAUUUCAUCUUUGGUCUGUAUUUGUCCAACAUUCCUCUGAACGAGACGUUGUAUUUUCUGUUUUAAACGAGCAGCUAAAUGUGUCUAAAGGAUUGCGCGAUGGAAAAACUUUCAGUAUUCGCUCCCCGGUCACUCGGAAUAACGCGAUUGAGCACCGGGUCUUCUGGAGCGCGUGGCUGGACAGUCUCUCCACUCGUGUUUUUGGCGUGGAACACGAGAGGACGUGGAGAGAGCAGGUCCGGGACGCUCGGGUGGUUGUACUGGAAGCGGGUUGCGGCAGACCCACAAACCGCCUCGCGACCUUCGCCGACGGCACGAGAGCAUGCGUGCGAUACGGCAUCGACGCGGAUCAAGUGCUGGGAGAAACGCUCUCGUAUUAUCUAGCGGAACUGCUUGGGAUUUCCAACCUUCCGCCCUUGGCGCUUUCCAAACUGAACCUGUCCAGUGAGCAGUGGGCAAGUGUGCGAGGAAACAUCGAGGCGUUAGAAUGGUCGCCAAAUGCCAUUGUGUCUCUAACUGAGUUCAUCCCAAAUGUCACUGGAGUGUUCAUUCCAUUACAUUUGCGGAAGCAGCAAGGAGGAGGUCUGCAACUCUCUCCUGAGACGAUAUCCAACAUGACUGUAACAUAUCUGGUUGAAUUAAUGCAGUGGAGUGAUCUAAUCAUGUUUGAUUAUUUAACAGCCAACUUUGAUCGAAUUGUCAGUCACAUUUUCAGUCUCCAGUGGGACGCGCGCGUGAUGGAGAGGACCACUAAUAACCUUCUCAAAACAAUCAAUGGACAUUUGCUUUUUAUUGAUAACGAGGCAGGGAUUGUUCACGGAUACCGAGUGCUUGACCUCUGGGAACGAUAUCACAGACUGCUGCUGGGUUCGUCGUGUAUAUUUCGCAGAAGUACAGUCCGGCGCAUAUCUGAGAUGAUGCGCUCCGGUGACAGCGCGAAGCUGCUGUGUGAACUGUACCGCGCGAGGGAACCGCUGGCGCGCGAGCUGGGAUCUCUUUCCCAAGAGCACGCGCUUACAUUGCAGAACAGGAUCGAUGUCGUUUACAAACACAUUCAGCAGUGCACAGAAAUCAUGUAGACAUUUGCGAGCUCAGGUGUUUCUGUUUGUAUGCGCUACAUGUUGGUCUAAGUUACUGUCUCAUAUCAUUCCAGUGUGAAUGUUUAAUGCAUUAAUGCAUAAUGUGAUAGAAUAGGGAUAUUUACACAAGGUUGUUAUUGCUUAGUCUAUGGGUUGAAUCAUUCCAGCUCUCCUGCUGGAGGAAAGAAAACGA